ACAUAGCACUGAUGUUCAGAGCAAACUACCCCGACCUAGAUGUCUUGGACUCGCCCUUGAUCUCUCCACUGCCAACCUCGGUGGGAGGUCUUCCAGGGAGCGCCCUUGCAGAAAGGAUCUUUAAUGAUCCCCGCUCAUGGGAGGAUGGAGCUUUGGAGUUGGACGGUAUUGGAGGAGAUCCUAUGGCAUGGUUUCAGGAGGAGAUUGACAAGUUCAGAGCGAACAGCGCUGGGCUUCCCGACGCUGCUAUGGGGCCUCACUAUGAUGACGAUUUCCCCGAAAAAGUCAGGUGGAUGCAAACCCCGGUCUCUGCGAUUCCCAAAAGUUUGCAGCUUAAGGGUAUGAGACGCAGUGUGCGACCCAUCUCACUAGCAGCACUCUUCGAACAAUCGGGUGACAGGUUCAGCAAAGACCUACAGAAACAGAUGACGAAAAUUUUGGAGCCUGGGUCGUCACACUCACCGGCGCUCUCUCCCCCUUCAACGGGGAGCAGCGCGACGACAGCUUCCAGCACGAUGUCUCCUCUUCGCGUCCAAACCACGGUCGGCGCCCGUCCAGAUAUCAUAUCGCCCUCACCCAUCACCAUCUACUCCGCCUCAGCUACCCUCAGCUUCCUCGAGUGGUAUGGCAUUUAUCCCGGGGUCUCACCACGUCGCGCAUCCUCUCUCGUUAGCCCUAACUCCAAAAUCGCUUUCGACGUUCCAAAACGAGGCUCUUCCGUUCCCCCUCCGAAUGCAGAACCUGAGAAGGUAAUUGAAAGACCAACGACGCCCCCAGGUCUUUCACGUGCCUCGUCGUCGCUAUCCCUCCCUAAGCCUCUCCCUACCGAGCCUUUGCACUUACGGCGCCCAUCAGUGGAAGCUGAUCCAUCACAAUUUCUCAGACCGUCGUUGGAAACUAACGCGCCAGAUUCUCGCAGGCCAUCAAUAGAAUCUGACGCAUCACAUUCUCGACGACCCUCUUUUGAAAAUGUUCUCACACCAUCGGCUCCACCGAGCUACCCUAGGUCUCCAUCCCCCGCCUACUCCCUUCUAGCCCCAUCAACAUCUACUACACCAGCUAGGGCUGGUCCCUCUACCAGCGAAUCACAGCCGUCGAGGUCCACAACGCCGAUCCGCCGUCUCCCAUCAAUACCCAACACUCGUUCAAUAACACCUCCAAUUAUUGACGGUCGACGCCCUUCGUUGCCUACACUUCCCUCAUCAGUGUCGCAGAGCUUGUCGCUGCCCAGUAGCCCUGAUCCUGCUACUGCUAAUCGCCCAUUGUCAGCGGUGCGAUCACCACUAGGUGGCCCCAUAGGCCCUCGUUCACGAGCGAACACUGGUCCAAAGCACCAUACACGCACUCCGUCGCUGGCCAAGUCGUCGUCUCUUUCCCAUAGACCGCCUGUUCUCCGACUUUGA